AUGGACAAUACAAGAAAGAAACUAAAGCAUGUUAGUAAAGCAUGUCUGAGGUGUCGUGGAAGGCACAUGAAGUGUGAUGGUCAACAACCUGUUUGCGGAAGAUGUGUGGAUGAGGAAGCCGAAUGCAUCUAUGUUAAAAGUAACAGAGGUGGAAGCCGUAAAAAGGGAGUCAGCAGAUUCAACAAAGACGAUUCAGAUUCUUCCCAUCGACUGCCUGAUCUGGAGAAACAGCAAUUGGAUGAUUUGAUGCGUCUUCCUUGCACAAAAAACCCAGAUGGCUCGUUGAAUUUUGGUAAAGCGGCUAGCCUAACUUGUGAUAAGGACUGUUUGAACCACUCAACUGACGAAAUACCAUCGUGUAUGAGUCAAUCAGAUACGCUACAUCCCACUUUCAAUGGUAAACAAGCUAUAGACGUCAAUCAGGUGUUGUUCACAGAUAAGCCCCCCAGACACAAAAGAUCUUUUACGGAGCCAAUAACGAUUCCUUCUAGCAUGAUUGAGGAUCUGGAUCUAGAGAAAAUUAUCGACAACUAUUACACUUUAUUCCAUGAUGUUCAUCCAUUCUUACCUCAUCGCGUUGAGAUCACGGAUUAUCUCAAUAGUAUACCCAACAAUUAUGAUUUGAUAUUAGCCAUGAAAUUGAUCGGAGAUGGUCAAGCUACUACCAUAUACGCCAAAGACUCUGAGAGUGUCAAUUUUACUGUGUUGAGAAUUUUGAACUACGUGAAACAAAUUGGGAAAGAUUUCGUAACUCUACAAACGUUGUUAUUGUUGUCAAUGGUUGCCCACAUUUCAAGCUUGCACGACUUGAGUGCUAUGUUGAGAAAAAAUCUCGUUGACCUUUGCUUGGAACUUCAACUUAACUAUCUAGAUGAUUCAAACUUGAUAGGCUCAAUGAAGGUGGAUAUCAAUGAAUUCCCGGUGAACCCAGAAGAUGGAAAUCACCAAGUUGUGGAGACUAUUGUUUCAACUCCACGGACCUCACAUAUCAAUAAAGAUGUUCUCAUUGAAACGAUAAGGCGGACAUUCUGGGAAUGUUAUUUCUUUGAUACCAUCAGUGGCACAGCUAAUGGGGUUUCUAUCUCCAGGUUAACCAUGAUUCACGCAUUGAUACAAUGGCCUACGCAGCCUCGUCUUGAGCAAUUUGACUAUAAGUCACGUUCAAGAGCCUGUAAACUUGUCAACGAUGCAAUCAGGCUGAACGUGGCUUUGCAAGAAGAUAAAGAGAUAGAUUCUCAUCUCACUAAAAUGAAAGCUGCUAUUGGCAAUUGGGAGAUGCAGCUGGAGAACCCAGAACUAUUUGAAACUCCGUACCUGAUAAACAGAUCUGGAUUUGUUAAUGAGGGUAUUCAUCAGGCCAUGAUGUUGUUCAAUUAUGCCAGAAUUUUCACUCACAGACCAUUUUCAUAUCUUUGGCGACCAGAAGUUGAACUUAACUGCGACACACGAUCAAGCUACAAAGAUGGUAAAAAGUUUGCACGGAAACUGGAAUUUGACUCUAGGAAAAUCAUUGAAACCAGAAAAACCAUAGAGAGCGCAAAUUCUAUUGCUAAGACACUACUGGACACUUCCCCAUCUAAUAUCCGCAAGAGAACACCAUUUUAUGCCUGUUCAUUAGCAUUCGCAUGCUUGAUUCAUUUGAGUGCUUACGCUUGGGUUGAGUCAAGUAUCAAAUAUUUUGAGGAAAAUGAAGAUUUUGAUCUAGAGGAUAUUGUCAAGAGUUUUGAUGUAUCUGAGCUUUCUAUUUACGUGGAAUAUAUCAAGUUGGAAUUAGGUGGUAUAUACUCAAUUUCGACACACUGGUCACUGUCAUCGAAGUUGGCUAAUCACAUCAAGGAAACGAUUGCAAAGGUUUCUCCUGCAUUAUCUGCCACCAUCGACCCAACAUUCAUCAAGCUUAAUAGAACGUCAAACCGACAACUUCCAGUUUCAUUGGAGAAUAGUAUAUCGACUGGAAGCAGUUCACAAUUAUUGGACAGUAGCAGGCCAAGAACUGCUAUGACAACAAAUUCAAUCCCUCAAUCUACCUCAUUAACUUCAAACUCGAUAAGCGCUAGCCACUUUCAGUCACAAAUGGUGCAGCCUGUUCAGGAUUCAGAAUUCCAUCAAGAAAUGACCUCAGGGUUCGACCGACUAAUCAGCCCCAUAUAUUUUCCCUCGCCAGAUUCGGCCUAUUCAGAUACGGGUUGCGAUUGGAUUGAUAAGAAUUUUCUUGAACUUGACAACUUUCAGGUAUGA